UCCCAGCAGCCAUGGCCUCGGGGACUCUUGAACAGGAAAUCCCAGAGGAGCCCAAAUGUCCCAUUUGCCUGGAGUAUUUCACAAAGCCGGUGAGCGUAGACUGCGGGCACAACUUCUGCCGGGGCUGCAUCACUCGGUACUGUGAAGAAUGGACAACAGGAGACUACGGGCCUUUGUGCUGCUCCGUCUGCAGAGCUCGGAUCCGGACAGGGAAUCUCCGGCCCAACCGGAACCUGGCGCACAUAAUAGAAAAACUCCAAGAAGAGAGUUUAAAAGCAGAUGAAGUGGGAAAAGAGAAUGUGUGUGAGAGACACAAGGAGAAACUCAACCUGUUCUGUGAGAAGGAUGAGGAAGCCCUGUGUGUGGUUUGCGAGAGAUCCCCAGAGCACAAGUCUCACCCGGUGCUUCUCCUUGAAGUGGCUGCCUGGAAAUAUAAGAAACAAACCCUGACCCAACUGAAGACUCUGAAGAAAGAGCGAGACGAGCUUCUGGGAUUUAAGGAGACCGAAGAGAGGAAAAUGAAGGAGUACCAGGACAAAAAAGAAGCUGAGAGGCAGAAGGUUGUGUCUGAAUUUGAACAGCUGCACCAGUUCCUGGAGGAACAAGAGCGACUCCUGCUGGCCCGGCUGGGAGAGCUGGAGCAGGAGAUUGUGAGGUGGCAAAAUGAGACUGUCACCAAACUUGACAAGGAGAUUUCCCGUCUCAGCGAGCUGAUCGGCGAGAUGGAGGGGAAGGGGCAGCAGCCAGCAAGGGAAUUCCUGCAGGACGCCAGAAGCACCUUGAGCAGGUGCAAAAAAGGGAAGUUCCAGGUGCCGGUGAGGAUCUCUCCUGUGCUGGAAAAAAGACUCAGCAUUUACUCUCAACAAACUCUUGCUCUAAAGGCGACUUUGAGGACCUUCAAAGCGACUGUGACUCUGGAUCCAGACACGGUUUAUCCAGGACUCGUCUUAUCUGAGGAUCGGAAAUGUGUGCGAUGUGGAGACACUCGGCAGGAACUGCCUGACAAUCCCGAGAGAUUUGAUCCUGUUCCCUGUGCGCUGGGAUGUAAGGGGUUCACCUCGGGGAGACAUUGCUGGGAUGUGGAGGUGGGAGGUGGGGAGCGCUGGGCCGUGGGGGUGGCUAGAGAAUCACUGAGGAGGAAGGGACUGAUCGACUUUAACCCUGAGGGGGGUAUCUGGGCUGUGGAGCGGUGUCUGGAUCAGUACCGGGCUCUCACCUCUCCUGAGGUCCCUCUCUCCUUGAGCCGGAACCUCAAGAGGAUCCGGGUUUCUCUGGACUACGAGGCAGGGCAGGUGGCAUUCUGCUAUGCAGAUAAUGAGGCCCCGAUCUUCACUUUCCCACCGGCUGCUUUUGCAGGGGACAGAAUCUGCCCUUGGCUCUGGGUCUGGAAAUCGCAACUCCAACUGUGUCCCUGA